AUGUCUAUUUCGAUAUCCCGUGAAACGCUUUUGAAAUACAAAGGAGUUAAGACUUUCAGGUUGCAAGAGAAGGAAGUAUCUCCAAUAACAUCACUAAAUUUCGACGACCAUGGGAAGUACCUGCUGACUGCUGCAGCCAACGAUAACAUGCAUCUUUACGACACGGUGAGCUGCAAAUUUUUGAACACCAUUGGCUCCAAGAAAUACGGGUGCCAUUCGGCAAAGUUUACCCACGCCCAAAAUGAAUGCAUCUAUUCGUCUACUAUGAAGUCAUUUGAUAUCAGACAUCUGAACUUGGAAACCAACCAGUAUCUGCGGUACUUUACUGGACACGGUGCUCUUGUACACGAUGUGCAAAUGUCUCCCUUGAAUGACACUUUCCUCUCCGCUUCUUACGAUGAGUCCGUAAGACUUUGGGACCUUCGGUCAUCUAAGGCACAGGCGAUCGUCCCGAGCGUAUUGCCCAAUUGCAUAGCUUACGAUCCUUCAGGGCUGGUUUUUGCUUUGGGGAACCCCGAAUCUAUGGAGAUCGGACUAUAUAAUUUGAAACAGUUAGUCAAGGGUCCAUUUCUAACGAUAAAACUUGAACACAUGAAUAAAAGUUGGAACAAGCUUGAGUUCUCGAACGACGGGAAGUAUUUGCUAGUAGGAUCUUCCUACGGGAAACAAUUAGUACUAGAUGCAUUCUCCGGCGACACUCUUUUCGAAUUGGUCGGAACGAGGUCUUUCCCUCCAAGAGAGUUUAUGGACAAUGGGUCCGCAUGUUUCACCCCCGACGGGAGGUUCACUUUGGCUACUAGCUAUGACGGGAAGAUUGCAGUUUGGAAUCACUCAGAAUCAAUAAGCAAUAAAACGUUGAAACCGAUUGCAUCUAUCACGGCAGCACCGGACUCGUGUCCACGUUCAAUUGCGUUUAACCCUAAAUAUUCUAUGUUCGUCACUGCUGAUGAAAACGUGGACUUCUACGUAUAUGACAAUAAUUAA